AUGGUUGAGUCACUUAACCCAAGUCAUUUGAAGGACGAAAUCGCCUCAAAAAUUCCUCUUUUCCACGGCGAUCCACAGGAAUGGUUUGCGAAAGUUGAGGCUAUAUUUUGUGAACACGGCAUAACGUCACAAGACAUCAUGUACGAUCUUGUUGUUGCACAACUACCUAGUAAUGUCAUGGCUGAAGCCAUUGACCUAAACGAUUCGGACCAUUCAAAGAAUUAUCAAAAGGUGAAAACCUCAAUUAUUACCCGAACGGCUAACCGCCAGAAAUCGUGUUUGCACGAGGAUAUUAUCAACUCGAAGGUUAAUAACAACACACCGAACAACCCGUUUCGCGAAACUCGGAAAGACUCAUUCUCAGGAGGACAACAGAAUUCGAUAAUUACGGCGAAAACCAGCGAUCUCCAGCAGACAGAGAAUUCAGCUUCGAAAUUACGUGAAAUACAAAUAUUCCUAAUUCGAAGAAUGGCCAGGCGAGAGAAAGUUUCCUCAACGGACCUCAUGUUAAUCGAUUAUGGGAUGGAAAAAAUUAGAGAGCUAUUAGAUCUGAUAAAACAGGAAUUCAAUCGAAACAAACGAGAUGGCUCGAAUCAUUAG